AUGGUAAAACAGAUAUCACCAGAAGCUGGAUCCUCUCCUUCAGAUGAAGGGUUAUUUGAUGAUCCAGAAAUCAUUUCUACCAUAAAUACUGAUUAUGGAUCAUACCUGAAUGCUGUGGCCUGUCUAAAUGAUGAAGAAAUCUGGACAGAAGGAAAUGAGAGAACCAUGAAUAUAUUCAGAAUCAGUCAGGGCUCACUACUCAAAUCAAUCACAACCAAGUCAGGGUGUAUCCCAGAGGACAUAGCAGUUACAAAACAUACUGAUUCCGGAGGGAGAACAGUUAUCAUUGUGAGGAAUAAAAAGAUAAAGACUGUGCUGAGUGUGUUCAGUCUUAAGGACUGGGUACCUGGCCAUAUCUGUACCACCCACUAUGGUGAACUUCUGGUAGUCAGUAAUGAUAACAAAGAAAGAAAGAUUGUCCGCUACUCAGGCUUCGCAGAAAAACAAACCAUUAAGUUUGACGAUGAGAGUAAACCUCUCUUUUCAUAUGGUUAUACUAAAUACAUCAGUGAGAAUAAGAUCCUGGAUAUCUGUGUGGCUGACAAUAAUGCAAAAGCAGUUGUAGUGGUCAAUCAGGCCAGGAAACUGAGGUUUAGGUACAAUGGGCAUAAAUCUGCUCUAGGGAGUAAUGCUUUCAAACCAGUGGGAAUCACCACAGACAGUAAAAGUCACAUCCUAACAACUGAUUCCGUCAAAAACUGUGUCCACAUCAUUGAUCAGAAUGGACAAUUCCUCUGUUUCUUAAACUGUGGACUGCAUAAACCCUGUACUGAUACAAAUGAUCACCUGCUUGUUGUCGAAUGUGCAAGCAAACAUGUAAAGAAAAUCAAAUAUCAGCAAUGA